AUGAAUAAAACCAUUAAUAGGUUAUCUUGGGUGUACGUUCUACCGAGUUUGAUAUUUUUUUCGGUGCGAACUGCCCGGGUAGGGGAAGGGGAAGUUAGAAGAAAAGAACGGUUCCCCGUGUCUCUGGAAAAGCAGCUUGAAAUAUUUAAAGACACAAACAAGACUCCUAAAAAUAUAGAAUAUGUUGGAUGCGGCUAUGAUAUGUAUAAUGGCACUAGCAUCGACGACAGAACGGGAUUUAGUCUGAAAAACUAUCGAGCUCCGGUGCUAGACAAGUAUUACACUGGUGAAUCAGAAGGAAAUCAACUGGAGGGACUGGGUAUAUGGGUCGCCAACGAAUUUCAAUGCGACCUAUCUAACGAGUUGAGUUCUGUCGAUACCAAACAGAAUCUAAUGUCUCUAAUUUCGAGCAAAACAUCCGAUGGGUAUAGCAACAUUUUUUCAUCCAGCACUUCGGAGACGACCAAGGAUGACGACAUCUUGAAUAAAUUGAAGCGUUCAAGAUCAAUCAUUGUUAGAAAAUAUCAUUGUACUGUCUACAGCGCCGGCAUAAAUAUCAAUGAUAUCUGGAAAAAUUCAACGAGAUUCAACGGAAUAGUUAAGAGACUUGUUGAUACAUGUAAAGGUGGAUUUAAAGAGGUUGAAUGUCCCAUUGACAGGUUAAAGAAAAACAUAUAUGAUGAAGGUUGUGAAGGCUGUAUAGCAUCUUGGAUGCGCUUUUUCGCCGACUUCGGCACUCAUGCCACCCAGCAUGUUACCAUGGGUGGGACAUACAGGAGGUUCAACAACGCUAUGGACAAACAAGCAAGUAGGAAAUCUAAAAAAUCAGAGGUGACAAUUACAACAUCAUCAAGUUGGUUUGGUCUAUCGAAUUCUCGUCAAGAAAGCACCAAGGAAAACGAAUUUAUGCAUUCGCGCGAUGACGAAGAAAAUGACGUGGUCCAGUAUACGGUGGGACCCGAACCGAAGGAUGAAUUCAUGACUCCCGAUUCUUUUGAGGAUUGGGUGCGCAAGGUUGCUUUGAACCCCGUGCCGAUUGAUGUAGAAUUCAUUUCAUUAUCUGAGCUGAUGCCGGACGACGAGACACGAAAGUUAUUUAAGGAGGCGCUGCGGUAUUACGCAAAACUGAGAGGCGUGGACAAAAACGAUACACACAUCACCAAUGGAGCAUUGAGGAGUUCAAUAUUGCAAUUGGUAAGUCAUGCUGUUAAUAUGAUUUACCGUGUUCGUCUGUGGUCGUUCAUCGUGCUACAGCUUCAAGAGUCUACGCUUGUGGCCAUUAAUGAUCCAGAUAAGGUCGGAAAAGACGUUUGUAAGGGGGAAAGUAAGAUUAUAUUUGGUUUCGGCGUUAAUCUAAAUGAGAAACGGCAGAUACUCCAACUCAAACCGUGCUAUCCGGGAUUAAACGCAUGUAUCCUUGAUCUCAAUCAAGAUGUCGUUUCAACUUUCGUCAUAGCGUUAUGCGGCGAAAUGCAGUUUUAUGACUUUACACAGAAAUUGACGAAAGGGUCAUCUGACAAGUCUACCUACAAUGAGGUAGUAUGCCCAAAAGAUACAGUUGUAGUAUUUGGAGUCAUAAUCAGAUUUGGCUAUCCCAUGAUGAUAAGGGAGUGCCCCAAAGGCAUUAGGAGUUGUGGAGAUCGCAAUUUGGGGCCCAAUGGACUAAUUUGGGUUGCAUGUCUCCCCAAGAAUACGUUUGGUAUAAACCUAUAUUCGACUACGGCAGGAGUCCUUGGUGCGGGAGAAAAAUUGCCGUGUGAUUCCAGUAGUAAAGUCGUAAACGGUUUUACUAUUUUAAGCACCCGUGACAACAAAAACGUCAGAGUGGCAGCUUGCCCCAAGUAUGAAGUAGCAUGUCAUGCGCCAUCGCAAAAUGAGGCCUCCGUCGGGAGUUACAUUUUUUGCGUAAAGUGA